UGGUCGCUCAGUGGUGUACGUCACCUUAUAGUUCUCUGGAUGUGUGACUGCUACAUGUCAUUACUACACAUAAUGUGAAAAUAUCCAGCUGUAAUGAUGAAGUGAGGGAAAAAGUUCAUUAGAAAUGUAUUAUCCGGUGGGGCUUCCUAAGCGACUUAGGAUUCCUGAGGCCGGUGAUGGCCAGUUAAAGGCUGGAGAUGGCCAGCUGAAGGCCAUCGUAUGUAACCGUGACAGGAUCCUCUUCGCAAUUCUCACAGAAACAUCCAUUUGGAUUUGGUUUAGCAGACCAUGUGUACCUAUUGUUGUUCACCGUCGAUCAGAUGAGUCAGUCAACACCAUUGGGACCAAUCAACUUUUGGAGUGGAGGCCUGACUCAUCAAUGAUUGUUGUAGCUACCAACAAAAAUCGUCUUAUAUUUUACUCAAUCAUUGUGGAUGAGUCACGCCGGGAAGUGUAUGAACAGCGGGACCCACCAAACCCAACUUUGAAGCGAGAAUCAGCAGAGCUCUACACAUGUGAAUCAAUACCUCCCCUUACGUUUUCUAUGGCUUUUGAAACUGAAGUAUCUGGAGGGGUAACUGGCCUGGUGUGUCUGCGUGAUGAGUUAAUGGUGGCCACAGGAACUGGUCAUAUUCAAAGACUGCGAUGGGAUGGUUCACUCAACUAUGACUACUGUGUGGACUUACGCAGGGUUCCUUUCUGUGAUGACCAGCUUGUUAUGAAAGCUGUUCCACUAGACACCCCAGGAGUUCAUGUGGUAGAUUUGGAGUAUUCCCCUUUAGUGGGAGGCUUUGCAGUAGUUCUUAGUGAUGGCCGAGCAGCAUUUCUCACUGCCUCUACAUUGAAAUUUGAUCCAAAUGCUGUGCAAGGAAUCUGGGCACGGGAUCUGGAUGAUGCCACGUGUGCUGCCAUCAACCACAAGUAUAGAUUACUGGCCUAUGGUCGAGCUAACUCUCAGGGUGUUGUUUACAUGGUAGAUGAAGCUACAGGUGGCUUAGAAGUAUCCCAUAGAAUGAUCCUCUCUGACAGAGAUUAUGGAGGUUCCCCUGGCCCAGUUGGGUAUAUGAAGUGGACUCCAGAUGGUACAGUGUUAAGUUUAAGUUGGGAAGGUGGUGGCCUGUCCCUGUGGAGUGUAUUUGGUUCAUUGCUCACUGUAUCCUUACGUUGGGACUACACUGAUGAUCCUCUGUCAAAAGCCAUUACCAUCACCAACAUGGAAUGGGGUGCAGAGGGCUAUGAGGUAUGGUGUAUACAACAACAUGAGAAAUUGGAAGAACAACAGGAAAAAACUCAAGAAGAAUCCUAUCAGUAUCAGAGAAGGCCAGGAGAACACAUGAGAAGAGAAGCAACAGAAACAGUAACUUCAGGUGAAGAUGCUGGGGUGGAAGAAUCUCGGUGUGAAGGUAAAACUCAAACAUCUGUCCUGCAGUUUUCCUUCAUCAAGAGUGCUCUUACAGUGAACCCGUGUAUGAGUCGGUUAGUGCGGGUUCUACUACAAGGAAGUGAUCGUCUCUACCUCAACACUUCAGAAGGUCUUGCAGGUGUUGCUGAUGUACCUCAUGAUUCCCUUUCUUUAUAUUUUGAUGAUGACGAGGAAGGUGCUUUUGAAGAUCCUAUCCAUCACAGAGAUUCACAAUUCAGUGUAGCAGCUAAUAAACAGUGGAUCGUUAUUCCAAUACCAUAUAAUUAUACUUCUUCAAACUGGCCCAUUAGGUACACAUGUGUGGAUGAAGGUGGUGUACUUGUGGGUGUGGCCGGACGCAAUGGUGUGGCACAUUACUCACUUCGACUCCGACGAUGGCAUCUCUUUGGCAAUGAGAGUCAAGAGCGUGACUUUGUAGUAACUGGAGGCUUAUUAUGGUGGCAAUCAAAUUGGCUAGUGCUGGGGGCUUACAACAUCCCUGCUAAUACUGAUGAGCUCAGACUUUAUCCUCGUGAUCACAAGUUGGAUAAUCUUUAUGUUACUACUGUCCCACAGCCAGCUCAGGUUCUGUUGUUAAAUAUAUAUGGUGAUCAGCUGAUUGUUCUCACUGCUGAUUGUCACAUAACAGUGUAUAAUCUUCAACCAACAGAAACAAACUCUGGUGGUGGCAACGUAUUAGUGUCUCGUGUGCAAGAGGUUGAUAUAUCUGGAUUAACGGUACACCCAGCGUGUGUGGUGUCUGUGCUGCUCACCAGUCUACGCACCGAGUCAUGGCGGGUACAUAACAAUCAACAAACACCCUUACCUGCUCAGAGUGUCAUCAUCAAUAUAUCAGGCAAGGUUCUCAUGAUUCAGAGAGAUCAUCGCUCUGAUGGAGGAAACACCAAUGGAAAACUGUUCCAGUGUGCCCAGAUGACACCAAUUGUUUUGGCAUCAAGCUGUGAGGCUUUGUGGUGUAGUAGUUCUGCUGUUAGCCACAAGCCACAUCUUAGUCAUGCUCUAUGGUUGCACUGUGGUGUUCAUGGAACUCGUGCUUGGCUUCCACUUUUUCCAAACUCUGCUGACAAGUCCCACACAUUCAUGGCCAGAAGGAUUAUGUUGCCCUUCACUCCGUCCAUUUACCCUCUAGCUGUAAUGUUUGAAGAGGGCAUCAUGUUAGGUGCAGAGACAGACACCUCUUUAUUAGCGUGUGAUGCCACAUCUCUGUAUCAACCACUCACUGUUGUGGAACGAACUAGUCAGGUGUACCUCCAUCAUUUGUUACGUCAGCUGUUAAGAAGAAAUCUUGGCUACCAUGCAUGGGAGGUGGCCAGCACCUGUAGAGACUUGCCGUACUUUCCUCAUGCGCUUGAACUCUUGCUUCAUCAGGUUCUUGAGGAGGAAGCAUCCAGCAAGGAUCCACUUCCAGACUGCUUACUACCGAGGGUUGUUGAAUUUAUUCGAGAAUUUCCAGUUUAUCUGCAGACAGUAGUGCAAUGUGCCCGCAAAACAGAACUAGCAUUGUGGCGAUAUCUCUUUUCUGCUGCUGGAAGCCCAAAACAUCUUUUUAUCAAAGCCCUGGAAGAAUCACAGCUGGAUACUGCAGCAUCCUACCUUAUCAUUUUGCAGAAUUUGGAAAGUGCUACAGUUAGUCGAAGUCAUGCUACUCGUCUCUUGGAUGCAACCCUAGAGGCUGGCAAGUGGGAUCUCAGUAAAGAUCUUAUUCGCUUUCUUCGUUCCAUUGAUCCAACAGACCUGGACUCACCCAAACCAUCUUUGCCAUCUUGUGGGAGCACUAAGGUGGGGUUCAGUCAUGCUACACCUCCAGUGUCUCCUGCAUGUGCCGAUGAGGACCUUUCAAUGAUCCUUCCCAACACUCAGAUCAAACAGAUGUUGAGAAGACAUUCUUCUGUUCUGAUCACCGGUCCUCAGGUUCUACGUGGACGGUCGUUCUCAUCGGCUUCUGCUCCUAAGAUUGCUUUGGGAGACAGUGGCUCAGUGGCACAUCAGUCUGUUUUGAGAACCACUUCAGAUUCAGCCAAAGUUUUACCUGAAAUUAAUAGACAAAGUCAGGCUGUACCUGCUGCCCGAAAACGUUCGAGUAAUUCAAUAAGCAAAGAUGUGUCCACUGCAGAAGAAUUCUUUCUUGAUGUCAUUCUGCAGAGACAUGCCAAGAAAUUACUACUUGGGUGUCGUCUGCGAGAUUUAGGUACAAUGGCCGCCCAUUUAGACUUCCCGUUGGUGUCAUGGCUAAGAAGAGAGCGAAGUAGAGCAUCCCGUGUUGAUGAUUUUGUAGCAUCGUUAAAGCAGAUACACAGAGACUUCUCAUGGCCCUACCCAUCCGUCCCAACAUCUCAUAUUCGACGUUAUUCUGUAUCAUCUCUUCGUUCUGUUGCAAGCCCAAAUGAGAGGUCAGUUCUUGUGGAGGAGAGGAUGCACGGUCUCUCCAUCACUGUGCCAAAGGUUGCUUCCCUUGGUACGGGUGAGAUUGGCGACAGCGGGUACUUGAGUCAAGCAACGGGAGACACUCACACAGUAACUCCCCAGCAUGGCCCCCACUCUCCUACUAGCCCAUAUUCUAUAUCGGAGGUGGUUCCUCGACAAGCUCUUCUGCUGCCACAGUCUCCCAGAGCUGGUGAUACAGCAAGUGUCAUGAGUGAAGAAGGCACUACAUAUGGUGAUGACACAUCCAGUAUAUGUGGAGACUGGAGUCCUGAAAGUGGUGAUCCAACACGGGAUCUUCUGUCUAGACCUCCAGAUCCUCCACCCCAAGCAACACCCAGACCACCCCCCCAUGCAGAAGUUCAGCUUAGAUACUUACUGCAGGUACUUCUGGAGGCUGGGUGCCUGGAGUGGAGUGUGGUGGUUGCUGUGGUGCUACGAGAUGCCCUGGCUGUGUUGAGAGUGGUGACACUGGCUCGGGCCUCCGACAUCCCUGCUCAAGUCAUAACUAGACUUACAUCAGGCCUACAAGACUUGUUACAUUUUACAAACACUGAAUGCUUGGGGUACCAAAAUUUUCUUGGAGCUAUAAUGAGUCAAGUUAAAGUAUUGGAAAGGCUAGCCAGUACAAGAGAGAUAUCUAGGACUCCAAGUCCCCCUUCUUCUCGUCCUCCCUCAACUAGCCAUGAAUCCGAGCCUUCACCCAUCCAGGAGGCCUCCCUCAGGUCUUCCGUGCAAACUUCAUCUCCACCACUUUCUCAUCAACAAAACCAACAACACCAAUCAUUAAAACAGCAACAGCAGUUGCAAAGUCAACAGCCUGUUCAACAAUCACAACAGUUGCCUCAACAGCAACAGAUUCAGCAGCCAUUGCCACAUCCCAGCCUACCACGAAUGUCUUUACUACCAUGCCAAACAUCAGUUGCAGGGGAAACUCUACCCGAGGAGACAUUAUCUCAAGCUUCUGAAGAAGGCCUUUUGGAUACAGAAGGUGAUGUUACUCCUGUUGAGGAAGGGGGUAGUGCUGCAUGUGUGAUUUCAUAGUGUAUGAAUUGACUACAGCUCACUGAAGCUUUAAAAGUAAAAGUGACAUUUACUGUAUCUGAUUUUUUUCAGGUACAUAAUGUGCAGUUCUGUUGUGUUUUGUACAUAUUAAAAUUGUUUGCCCUCUUGAAGUUGAGGCAAACAUCCAAUACAAAAUUUGAUAAUGUGGUUCCAUAAUCCUCACCAUCACUAUUGCCUCAGUUGUUGUGAGAGAAUGUGCUUGUACCUUGUCAGAUUUGACUAAAAGAAGACAUUUUUAAUUAUUGCUAUUCACAUUACUGAAUUUAGAUGAAGUUCGGUAACACCUGCUGGUACAAUUUGAAUAACAAGAUCAGUGAUGUUAAGUUAUAGACUCACAUAACAAUCAUAACACUCAAGUGUCAGUGUUUUGUUAAUGCAAGAAGAAUUAGCAUUCAGCCAUUUGGUGUUUUUAUCACUGAAAGAGGAUGUGUGAGGACCAGCUAGCUUUUUCAAGACACCUCACAGUGAUUGAUUGGUGCUUGCUGCCAUAACUCCCAGUCCUUUAUAAAUGUGCGUUAGUUCCCAGUUGGCUGUCUGAAGGAGACUUAAUAGUCUUUUUGUGAUACCUUUUAACCCUGAUUUUCAUAAGAACAUCAAAAUCUUGAAGUAACUCAAAGUUUUGUACAAUGAGAACAUGAUGCUUUUAUUUUCCAUAUUCUGCCAGUUUCAAGCCAAAAAUUUACUGAAUUAAUUCAACACAUUUGCUCAUAAUUAAUGGCUUGUAGAAUAUGGUGUUGAUAAUGAAAACCCUGAUGAUGUAGAUUAGUUCUAGCAGAGAUAUUGGUGCUGUUACAUAAUUGUUUAUAGUGAUGUGAAAAUCAUGGAUGUUUCAUAUCUAGAAUUAAAUUCACUUUGCAUAGAAGUUGAUAUACUGUAUUCUGCUGCAAUAUAGGGAAGCCUGUCAACUAAUAUUGUUUUGUAAAGUCUUCAACAAAAUAUUCUGUACCUUGUCUGCUAUAGUAACUACAAUGUGUUUAAGGAGAGCCUUAGUUAAGGGAUUCAUAUUAUAAAGUAUCCUGAAGUAGAAUUUUUUAACAUAAUUAAGAAACUUUCUUGUGUUUACACAGUGUGCUCAACCAUUAAAAGCUAGAUAGGAAGUUUAGAAUAUUAACAAAGAAACAAACAGGGAGCAGAGAAGUAAAAGAAAGCUGUGUCAGGUAAUGCAAUCCAAAAUAUAUAUUUUUUCAUUAAAAUGAAUAUAAACACUGAGAAAAAUAUAAAAGA